CACCAACCUAGAUGCUCACGGAUGGCAGAAUCAAAAAGACAGAAAAAAACUUUGUCUGACGAGCAAACGAAAAGGAAACGGGAGUGGGACCGAGAGAGAGCUCACUCGCGAGUGAACCUCGGCAGAGCGUUCGCGGAAUGGCAGGAGCUAAAAGAAAGAGAAGGAUGCCAGACGCAUGCAGACUUGGCAAUAUUGUUGUUGGAGAGCUAUAAACGUUGCAAAUCAUCUACCCCACGCAAGACACAAUCAAGUCCUCCGGCUCUACCUGUCUCAAGCAUAAAGGAGGAGUCUGAUCAUGACCACAUACACUCCAUGAGCAUUAAGGAAGAGUCUCCUGAUGAGGGCGAGGCUAGUCAUUUGAGAAUCACAGUUAUUGACAUGGAUGAUUCUUGGAAUGAUCCUGGAAAUGUAAAAGUUGAAGAUAGCUCUGAUGAAGACUUUGUUCCUUCCUUACACUUGCGAACUGUUGGUGCCAAAAUGGAUAAUCUAGAGGAACUAACUGUGGAUGAGGCUGUGCUUGAUUUUGACAUGCCAGAUCCUUCACCAGAUUUAGAUACUUUACCCGAUGACCAGACAAGAGUUGAGACUGAAGAUGACCUAAUCGGCAAAAAAGCCAACAUCACGUACAACGACAACCUCCUCUCCCUUGUCUCGUGCCUAAGACUGCCGGUCCAGAAUUGCAAGUAUGUGGACAAAGUUUCCGGUGCGUCUUGUCCAGGGGUUCAACCUUUCCGCGUUGACCUAAAGCCCCGGGGGACUGGAGUGGUAUUGUAUUGGUACUGCACUUAUAAUCAUCUUGUGUGGAGCUGGAACUCGCAGCCGACGCUGAGGUUCAAGAUGCAGGGUGGUGACUUCAUGCUGUCCACAAAUAUACUGCUCUCUGGGAACGACUACAGGGAGGUGGCCCUGAUGUUCAAGUUUAUGGAAAUGGGAAUGGUGUCAGAGUCAACCUUCUUUCGAAUUCAAGAUUCAUAUUGUAAAGGACCAAUCCUGAAAUAUUGGGAGAAAACCAGAGCAGAAGUCAUCCAACGCUUGCGUCAGAAAGAGGGCGUGGUUCUUCUAAGUGAUGGAAGAAUGGACUCUCCUGGUCACUGUGCAAAUUUCUGCACUUAUACCACCAUCGAGCAGGAGUCAAGAGACAUUGUUUAUAUCGACUCUAUAGACAAGAGGAUGUGUGGUGGGGAUUCUGUUGUCAUGGAAAGAGAGUGUUUCUGCCGCAGCAUGGACGCUUUGCUCCCCGACCUGAAGAUCAAAGAAAUGGUCACUGAUGACCAUCCAGAGAUCUCAGCUUUGCUCCAUCCCGAGCAAGGCAAAUAUAAGGGCAUCCAACAUUCCGUAGACAUAUGGCACGCAGCAAAAAGUCUGUCCAAAAAGAUGCGACAGGCUGGGACUGAAAAGAAGCAGAAGGAAAUCCUGCUGUGGAGCCAGGAUAUACUCAACCAUUUCUGGUACUGUAGCAAGCAGGCAAAAACAGAGGAGCAUUUCAAGAUGAUGUGGGCUGGUGUCAUGCAUCAUGUCUGCAACAAACACUCAUGGGAUGCAGGAAGCUGUGAGCACGAGCCUCUCGCAGACGACAGUCAGGAUAAGCCCUGGAUGACUCCAGGCUCCGAAGCUCACCAGGUGCUGGCAGGAAUUGUCUUGGAGAAACAGUGGCUUACUCAGGUGAAGAAGUUCAUCAAUUUCAGGUCAACGUCAGACUUGGAAAGCUUCCAAAAUCACGUCAUGAUGUACACAGCAAAGCGUAUGUCAUACACACUGGACAUCUACAAAGCCCGCACCUGCCUUGCUGCCAUCGAUUACAACAAACAUAACCGGCGGGGACCUGCACGCAACAAGGACGGACACAAAAUGUACAGAAAGUCAUACAACAAAAAAACAACAACGUGGAGUGUCUACACAAUGAAGGAAAAGAAAUCCUACUCCUACAUCCCAGAGAUCCAGAGAGCCAUCCUUUCCAUGCGACUACGAAGUGGCAAAGGUCUUCCCCGUCGGGCGACCACGAGCCCAGAUGAUCCAGAGCAUCUGGGCCUCAUUGCACCGGUGGAAUCGUCCCCCACCUCUGAACUUGUCAUUCUCUUUCAGUGUCAGUGUUCGUCUCACGACAGUUCCUGCAGAAGUACCAGUGCACAGCAGUUCCUGGAGGAUUGGGAGGCGGGGAAUCCCUGGUGUCCUUUGAAGAACUCUCUGCAGAACGAUGUCUCGCUGUUCCCCAGUCAGAGAUUGAACUCUUUCCUAUAUUGAAACACAUAAAGCAAAACAAUUAUAUGAACAAUA